AUGGCUAUUGGCUCGCUCUCCACCGCCCCGACGAUCGCCUUAGGCGCCACGCACGAGUGCGAGUUUUUCUCGCCAUGGUGCGACCCCGCAUCCUUCUACCUGUAUCUGGCCAUGUCGCUGCUGCUGAUCUGCGCCGCCGGUAUGAUGGCAGGUCUGACGAUGGGACUCUUGUCGCUGGACAUGCUCAACAUGCGCAUCCUUGAGAUGGAAGGCUCGGAGGAAGAGAAGAAGUACGCCAAACAGGUGCUGCCCGUUUUGACCAAGCACCACCUUCUACUAGUGACGCUGUUGAUCGUGAACGCCAGUGCCAACGAAGCUCUCCCCAUCUUCCUCAACAAGCUGGUGCCUGAGGCUGUGUCUAUCUUACUGUCCGUGACGUGCGUGCUGUUCUUCGGUGAGAUUAUUCCUUCCGCGGUGUUUACCGGUCCUAAUCAACUGCGGAUCGCUGCCAUGUUGUGUCCCUUUGUGAAGCUCUUGAUGGCGAUCACAUUCCCUGUCGGCUAUCCGAUCAGCCGGGUGCUCGACAUGUGGCUUGGAGAUGACCACGACCCGGCGCAAUACAAACGCAAGGAGAUCAAGGCGCUGGUGACAUUGCAACGCGAAAAUGAUGCUGCUCGUCGAACGUUUGUCGACCAUUUGCGUCAAUCGCACCAGCUUGAAGACACCCCCACGCACUCGCACACCGUCACCACCAUGUCGGCUAUUAGGGACAAGCAGCCAUUGCUGACCCCACACUCACUGUACGAGGACUCAGCACAAGGUACUCGUCUGCAUGUGGAUGAAGUUACAAUUAUCCACGGCGCUUUGGAUCUUGCUUCGAAGACCGUAACAGAGGUUAUGAUCCCAAUGGAAGACGUGUACAUGUUGGAGUUGGACACAGAGCUAGGUCCGGACAUGUUGGCGAGUGUUCUGGCUUCUGGACACAGCCGUAUUCCCGUGUAUGAGAAGCAUAAAUCCAACAUCGUCGGUCUGUUGCUGGUAAAGAAGCUAAUCGUGCUGGAUCCGGAUGAUCGUCGACCGAUUAGGGACUUAAUCCUGCGUAAACCGAUCCUGGUGAAUCCGAAGGAAUCGUGCUACGCGAUUCUGAACGAGUUCCAAAAGGGCCGCUCUCAUAUUGCUCUGGUCACAAAAGACGUCGACGUGGUAUUGAGGUGUUGGCGCUCCGAUGAAGUAAUCCCUCAAAGUGUCGUAUUUAAGGGCAUCGUGACUAUCGAAGAUGUGAUCGAAGAGCUCAUCCAGGAAGAGAUUGAGGAUGAGAGCGACGUGUAUGUCCACGACAUUGUGGACUACUGGCAGGCUCGUUACCGCAAGGUCGUGAAAGGAACUGGCUCGGCUUUUGUAAAAAAGCGUCUUCGUCUGCUAGCGGAUCGUGCCCGUCGUCGUGUAAAAAGUCGUCGCUCGAAGCAGGCUGCAGAAUCUGCGACAGCUAGCUCGAUCAGGGUUGCCGGUAUGCCUCAGUUGGAUGCUCCUAUAGAGGUUAAGGUUGUCACCGAAAAAACUCCACUUCUGUAA